AUGUUCGCCAUCCAGCCAGGGGGAGCUGAGGGGGGCCAGUUCCCGGGAGGCCCGCCUCCUGGAGUAUGUCAGCCUGAGUUCCAACCAGACAGUAACUCCAACUUCGUGGCGAGUGCCAAGGACGCCAAUGAGAAUUGGCAUGGGAUGCCAGACCAAGUGGAGCCCAUCCUGAUGAGGAGGUCCUCCGAGUUGCCCUCUGACAACCAGGCCUUGCAGGCCCCUGGACUCCCUGAGGGGGAGGUCCGCAGCCCACCGGAGGGAGCAGAGAUCCCCAGAGCUGAGGCUGAGAAGAUGGGUAGUGCCGGCACAGUCUGCUCCCCUCUGGAGGACAACGGCUAUGCCAGCAGCUCCCUAAGCAUUGACAGCCUUAGCAGCAGCCCUGAGCCUGCCUGUGGGACCCCUCAAGGCCCUGGCCCUUCAGACCCCCUUCUGCCCUCGGUGGCCCAGGCUGUGCAGAAGCUGCAGGCUCAAGAGCGCUACAAAGAGCAGGAGAAGGAGAAGCACCACGUGCACUUGGUGAUGUACCGCCGCCUGGCUCUGCUCCAGUGGAUCCGAGGCCUGCAGCACCAGUUGGUUGACCAGCAGGCCCGCCUCCAGGAGAGCUUCGACACCAUCCUAGACAACCGAAAGGAGCUUAUCCGCUGUCUCCAACAUAAGGCAGCGCCAUCCCGGCCCUCCGACCAGGGCUAAGAGUGCACCUCCACUUGGGUGCAAGGGUAUAUGUAUAUAUUUGCAGGCAUGUGUGUGGUUAUAUAUACAUAUUAUUAGCUGGUGUGAGUGCAGGUGAGCAUGAGUGAGUAUGUAUGUGCUAACAUAUGCCAGACACGUGUGAAUAAGUACUUGUGCAUCAGCUUAUGUGUGCUGUGUGUACACACAGGCUAACUUAUGUGCGGGCCUGUCUGUGAGUGUGUCCUUCUGUGUAUGUGUGGCAUGUAUGUAAGAGAGUAAAUUUAUAUAUGCAUGUGUGACCAGGUGCCCAACAGUGUAUAUAAUUGUGCUUGAGUGAGGGUAUGUAGUUGACCCUUGAACAACACAGGUUUAAACUGCGUAGGUCAGCUUAUAUGUGGAUUUUUUUCAAUAAAUAUGUAC